CAUGACUGUGCCGAAUAGAGAUGUCCACUGAAAAUGUGCUUUUACCAUCUGAUGGCGAGACGCGAAGGCGAAGGUUUGUUGCCGACAGCUCGGAUGAAACAGAUCCUCCACUGGACCUGCACAACCACAGAGUGAAUGCCAGAGCCCUGUGGUGUGAUGUUGUGUGUGGUGCCCACCUACAGCACGACAACAUCGAUGGGUACACCUCGCUCCCCUGCACCUCCCCCCAGACGGGACCUUACCCACCUGCAUUCCCAUUCGCACAGAGAAGUCACAGUUUGCAAGCGUUGAAUGACGCAUGGACAGAGAGUCGCUGCAAGACUAUGUUAAGUGCGGAAAAUGAAGUGGAAGCACAGAAACUUGCCAACAAUUACAAGUUUGGAUUCAGGAAGUGGAAAAGUCAUGUGACCGAGCGGCCCUUUGAGGAGAGGUCAGAGGUCGUGAAAGAGCUGUACUCUGACUUGAGGGUCAUUAAACCACACACAGGUUCCCUGAUUUCCCUUGGCAAUAUCUUGUAUGUGUUGUUAUUUGGCUGGUGGAUCGCCCUUGUCUACGCGUUGGUCAGUCUGCUGAUGUUCUCGACCCUUAUCGGGAUCCCUUAUGGCAGGUUGUGUUGGAAAUUGUCUGGUUAUUUUCUAUGGCCGUUUGGGAAGUCCAUAACAGAGGGUCUGCAUGCCUCCAUCAUAAGACCUAUGCGGCAUGAUCAGAAUGCAUUCAGUGAGGAGGUGGAGGGCAACAAGAGGGACGCCACCUUCCUGCUGCCCAGGCCUGUGGAUGACUCUGCAGAGGAGCCAAGCCCAUCCCAGAAACCCUCCCACUGGCGGCGUGUGAGUACGUACGUGUGGCUCCUAGUGGGCUACCCGGUGCUGGUGCUCUUCCAUGGGCUGUGCUGCCUGCUGGCCUGGCUGCUGGUCGUCACCAUCCCCGUGGCCAAGAUGAACGCCCGCAUGCUGAGCUCCAUCCUCCUACUGCCACCCCAGGAGGUCCACAUAAGCCCCACCAAGGAGCCACAGCCGGGAGAGGACACAGCACUGCUGUGCUGCAACCAUGCCUUCAAUAUCUACUACUACAAGUACACAGUCGAUGGGAUCAACGUGUUUGCUGUCAACCUUCUGCCGCUGGUCAUCAUUGCUCUGGUGAUCGGUUACGUUGACAAAGACAACGCGUUCGCCAGCUCAGAGAUCAAAUUCGCCACAGCCAUUGGAUCAAUCAUCCCUUUGUCUUACUACAUUGGCAUGGGUAUCGCUAGCAUUUCAGCCCAGAGUAACUUUGCGGUGGGUGCGGUGGUGAACGCCACGUUUGGCUCCAUCACGGAGAUGACCUUCUACAUCACCGCCCUGCUCAGGGGUCAUCGCCAGGGAAACCAGUGCCUACAGGAGAUCGUCAAGUCGGCCCUGACCGGAACCCUGCUGGGCUGCAUUCUCUUCAUCCCUGGCAUCAGCAUGAUCAUCGGGGGCCUGAGGCACCAGGAGCAGAUCUUCAGUAGCCGCUCAGCCGGAGUCAGCUCCUCCCUACUAUUCAUCUCUAUUGGGGGGGUGUUUGCACCGACGCUGUUCUCCAAGGCGUAUGGCAGUCUUAUUUGUGAAGGCUGUACCUCCAUGGGGUUCAACACCACCACAAAUACUACCGGUCCUUUCAACUGCCACAACUGCCACUAUGACCUGAGUCAAAACAACUACACCAUGUUCCACAGCCAUGUUGAGCCGUUGGUCUACUGCAUCUCUGGCCUCCUACCUGUGGCUUACAUCAUCGGCCUAAUCUUUACCCUCAAGACACACUCACACAUCUACGACAUCCACAUUGGAGAUACUAAUGCCUCGGGGCAGCUGGGUGCGGUGGUCCACUGGUCCCGCUGGAGAGCCCUGUCCAUCCUCAUCAUCGCCACGGUGCUCAUGUCGGCCUGCGCGGACCUCACCACCGAACACAUCCAGCCCAUCCUCAGCCGCCCCGGCAUCUCACAGUACUUCAUCGGAGUCACUGUGCUGGCUAUGGUGCCGGAAAUUCCAGAGAUAGUGAAUGGGAUCCAGUUUGCGCUUCAGAAUAAUAUUGGCUUGAGUUUGGAGGUGGGGAGCUGCAUUGCUGUGCAAGUGUGUAUGAUACAGAUCCCCCUGCUCAUCCUCUUCAAUGCCAUCUACGACGUUGGCUUUGUGCUGAUCUUCAGUGACCUGCAUCUGUGGGCCAGCAUCUUCAGUGUGGUUCUGGUCAACUACAUCUUCAUGGAUGGAAAGUCUGAUUACUUCCAAGGCACAGCUCUGGUGGUGGUGUACCUCAUCCUCUUGGCCUUGUAUUACUUUGCACCUUCUCCUGCUGGCUGCUAAGUUGUCAACACGGUCACUUACACAAACAGCAUCAUCUAGGGCCUAUACUAAGAA